GAGCGACCCCCAACCAGCAGCCCCAUGACGGCAGCGGCAGCGGCGGCGGCGAUGUACAGCAAGGCAGAGACCUUGGAGCUGCGGAGGAAGCACAUCGGGCCAUCAUGCAAAGUUUUCUUUGCUAAGGAUCCCAUUAAGAUUGUGAGUGCUUAUGGGCAGUACAUGUUCGAUGAGAAUGGAGAGAAGUAUUUGGACUGCAUUAACAACGUAGCACAUGUGGGGCACAGCCAUCCACAGGUGACCAAGGCAGCAACAAAGCAGAUGGAAUUACUCAACACCAAUUCUCGAUUCCUGCACGACAAUCUGGUGGAGUAUGCCAAGCGUCUCACAGCUACCUUGCCAGAAGAGCUCUCUGUUUGCUACUUUGUGAACUCUGGGUCUGAAGCCAAUGAUCUGGCAUUGCGCCUCGCUCGGCAGUAUACUGGCCAUCAAGACGUGAUUACUCUUGACCAUGCUUAUCAUGGCCAUGUUACUUCCUUGAUUGACAUCAGUCCAUAUAAAUUUAAUCAGCUGGGGAAGGAGGGGAAAAAGGAUUUCGUACAUGUGGCUCCUUCUCCCGAUAUCUACAGAGGAAAAUACAGGGAGGACCAUCAAGAUCCAGGAAGUGCUUAUGCUGAUGAUGUGAAAAACAUUAUUGAAGAGGCCCAGAAGAAUGGCCACAAGAUUGCCGCCUUUAUUGCUGAGUCCAUGCAGAGUUGCGGAGGCCAAGUAAUUCCACCCGCAGGCUACUUCCAGAAAGUGGCAGAAACUGUCCACAAAGCGGGUGGUGUGUUCAUAGCUGAUGAAGUCCAGGUUGGUUUCGGUCGAGUUGGGAAACAUUUCUGGGGUUUUGAGCUACAAGGUGAAGAUUUUGUGCCUGACAUUGUCACCAUGGGAAAACCAAUUGGCAAUGGCCAUCCAAUGUCUUGCGUAGUUACAACGAGACAGAUUGCUGAAGCCUUUGGUGCCUCUGGAUUGGAAUACUUCAACACUUUUGGAGGUAAUCCAGUAUCCUGUGCAAUUGGCCUGGCUGUAUUGGAUGUCAUUGAAAAAGAAAAUCUCCGAAGAAAUGCCACAGAAGUUGGAAAUUACCUCACAGAGCUAUUGAAGGAACAAAAGGAAAAACACCCACUGGUGGGAGAUGUCAGAGGAGUUGGUUUGUUUGUUGGAGUGGAUCUAGUGAAGGAUCAGCAGAAGAGAACACCUGCCACUGCUGAGGCUCAACAUAUCAUCUACAAGCUGAAGGAACGGAAGAUUCUUUUGAGUGCUGAUGGGCCUUACAGAAACAUCUUGAAAUUUAAGCCACCUAUGUGUUUCUCUAAGGAAGAUGCAAAGUUUGUAGUCGAUCAGAUUGAUGAACUCCUCACAGAUCUAGAAGAAGCAACUGGAAUCACGACCAGGAACAGACCACCUACAACCACACAAUAUAAAAGAAAGGUGCCUACUGAAGGAAGCUCUCAGCUAGAGGGUCUCAGUGAGAGCAUCAGCCAUAUAAAUGGAAGUGCCUGCAGGCAAGAAAAUGGGUUUUGUGCCGAAAGUCACACAGUGCCUUGCAAAAGGAUCAGGACAUGAAGACUUAAUUAAAAACGAAAUAGCAACAUGUGGUUGGGAAUAUUUCAUGGAUGAAUGGAAGUCUGCAAUACUUCUUCUUUUAAUAUGUCUUAUGCACAGCUGCUUGAUUAUUCAGGGCCAAAUCCAGCUUGAUACCCUUUUGCACCCUGGUUCAGCUAGUGAGAUCUGCAUACAUCAGCAUAUUUGUGAGUGCCUCUCUCUUGCUGAAUCAGAGGAAAUAACUGAAUGUUCAUCCAGGCAUACACUAGAAUAAGGAUCACUGUGAAGUGAGGAUUCCAUUUAUCUGUACCACAUAGGAUUCAACUGAAUGUACAUUCAAAUACUAAGGCCUCAGAUUCAGUGGAAGCUCACAGGAGCACAGCUCCUGAACCUUUCUGAGAGUUCCACCUCCUCCUUCUGCGAGUUCCAUCUGCUUGUCCAUUGAAUAUUAUAUGCAGCUGCAUAACAAUCCCUGGAUGAGCUCCACAACCUGUUUUUCUACAAAAUGACCCCUGCAAAUACCCAUCAAUUCACCGAGCUGGACCAGGGUACUGGGCUGCAAUCCUACAUACAGAAAGGAUGGCAAAAUUAAGCAAAAUGUUACAUUUAACAGGAUAUUUAUAUACCGUUUUCACUGUCAGACUUGACACACACUGAAGGUAUAUGUGUAUAUGUAUAUGUAUAUAGAUAAAGACAGCGACUUAAUUGUAUUAACAUGAUAGGAACUGAUUUCUGUAUGAUCUAAACUUCAGGGAGGAUGCUCUGAAGCUGCAAUACAGACAUUAUUUAAUCCUUUCGACCAAGAUGCCUAGCAGAGAUUUUGACUCAUCUGUCAUCUUCUGAACCCUCAAUGUAUAACAUUGAGAUAUGAAUUAUUUCCCAUGUUUUAAUGGCUAAUUUUUUAAUAUUAUUAAAUAAUAUUAUGACAUUAUUAAACAUUCAUGCCAGGGCUCAAAUAAAAUAAAAUGUAUUAGUAAAACAAAAACAGGUAAUAUUCCAAAUUCCCACAUUCAGAUUCAAAGCAGGUAAAUAAGAAUAAACCAGUUAUUGCCCUUCAGUCCAGCAGACUGUGCAUGGAACAGCCGGGUCUAUUGGUAUGUAGCUUUUUAAAAAAAAUGCUGCAGUCCCACCAUUCCGCUUUCAAGCAGGACAGGGGAAUGAAUCCAGGUCUUUCCUUCUCUCUUUUGGGAAGGGCUGCCUACAAAGUUCCUUUUCCAUUGAACUGUACUGUGGUCCACUCAGCACCAUCUGCAUGUUUGAUGAUACUCAGUUCAAUGUUUCCGAUACACAUACAAUCCCUUAAUGGGAUAUGUUUUAUACUGAUCACUGAACAUUUUUGUAUUAUUGGUUGUAUAAUAUGACUAGACAGCUUAUUAACUGUAUAUUAUGACUGAAUAAUGUAUGCCUAUGUUUAGACUAUGCGUUUUAAUUUUUUAUGUUUGGGAAUUGUUACUUUAAUGGUAUCUGCCUUCCUUAUGGACUUUGGUAGCAUGCCAGUUAAGUUUUUCAUUUACCAGUAGAUAUUGUUUAUUCCAAAGAAUAAAGGCUAUUUUAAUCUCUGA